AAUAACAUUAAAUUCUUUUUAAUCUGUGCAUCUAUUAAAAGCCAUGUGAGAAUUUAUUUUGCAACAAAAUAUCUUGAAAUACGCUUGAAAAAUAAACAUUACAAAAUGACUGAAGAAACGGAGUUGAAGAUGGACACAACUAAUAUCAAUGUGGACGAGUUUCUGCCUGCUAAGAAGACGGUGAAGCUAAAAAAUAUAAAGCGAAGAGCAGUCUCAGAAUCUGGUGAUGGCAUGGAAAUUGAGGAACACAACGGGAUCCAGGGGAAUGCUAAACACAGUCGUUCAAAGCCAAAAAAGAAGAAGAAGAAUGCUGAACCGAACGAAUCUAAAGAGAAUAUGCGAAAAAUUCCAGUACCAGCUCACAGAUACACACCAUUAAAGGAGAAUUGGUUAAAAAUAUUCACACCUAUUGUGGAGCACCUUCUGCUUCAAGUGAGAUUCAACACAAAGACUCGUAAUGUUGAGAUCAAAGUGGGACCGGAGACCAAGGACAUUGCUAAUUUGCAGAAGGCUGCUGAUUUUGUUAAGGCCUUCCUCUAUGGUUUCGAAGUGGACGACGCCCUCGCCCUCCUUCGAUUAGAUGACUUAUUUGUUGAAUCUUUUGAAGUAAAAGAUGUUAAAACUCUAAAUGGUGACCAUCUCAGUCGCGCUAUUGGUCGCCUUGCCGGAAAAGCAGGCAGAACAAAAUUCACCAUAGAGAACGUCACUAAAACCAGAAUAGUGUUGGCAGACUCAAAAAUUCACAUCCUUGGCAGUUACCAGAAUAUUGCAUUGGCAAGAAGAGCGAUAUGCAACCUUAUCAUGGGUUCACCUCCUUCAAAAGUUUAUGGUAAUCUAAGAAAUGUUGCCAAUAGGGUCGCUGAGAGAUUUUAGUUGUAAAUAAAAGUUAUAUUUAUAAA